UGCUGGCAGAGGGAAAGUGAUCGUGGCAGAGCAGAGAUGUAGAAGCGCUGCUCGCUGGGACUCCGUGGCCAGCCGUCUGUCACUUUUUUUUUUAAAAAAAAAGAAAAAAGAAAAAAAAGAGAAUUUUUGCCUGACAUUACCGGGGAAUGGGAAAGAUUGGAUGCAUCUUUUUGUACAGUUGCGCCGUAUGAACGUGUCGCGUAAUGCGACCGAAGGUUUGCCUCUCGGGGGAAAUAUUUAUGUUUCGGGACGGUUUUGUUGGAGUAGCUAGUUGCUAGCGCUGGGCUAGCGACUGCGCUGGCUACUUGGACGGUAUUCUACAAGGAUGCUUCGGUGGAUACGACAGCAGCUGGGCUUUGACCCUCCUCAUCAGAGUGAUACCAGGACAGUGUAUGUAGCAAACCGUUUCCCUGAGCAUGGCCACUACGUACCACAACGCUUUGCUGACAACAGAAUCAUCUCAUCCAAGUAUACAAUUUGGAAUUUUGUCCCCAAGAAUCUGUUUGAGCAGUUCAGAAGGAUAGCAAACUUCUACUUCCUCAUUAUCUUCCUUGUACAGUUAAUGAUAGACACACCAACUUCCCCAGUAACCAGCGGUCUGCCUCUCUUCUUUGUGAUCACAGUAACUGCCAUAAAACAGGGCUAUGAGGAUUGGCUGAGACACAAAGCCGACAAUGAGGUGAAUGGGGCUCCAGUGUUUGUGGUUCGCAGUGGAAGUCUGGUCCAGACGAGAUCCAAGAAUAUCAGGGUGGGAGACAUAGUUCGAGUGGCUAAAGAUGAAACGUUCCCAGCUGACCUGGUGUUACUGUCGUCAGAUCGUCCAGAUGGCACCUGUCACGUUACCACAGCCAGUCUUGAUGGAGAGACCAACCUUAAGACCCAUUACUCUGUGCCAGAGACAUCCGUCUGUCAGUCAGUCUCCCAGCUGGAGGCUUUGCAGGCUGUGGUGGAGUGUCAGCAACCAGAAGCUGACCUGUACAGAUUUGUUGGUCGUAUGAUGGUGACUCAGCAUGGGGAGGAGAUAGUUAGACCACUAGGUCCAGAGAAUUUGCUGCUUCGAGGGGCCAGGUUGAAAAACACCAAAGAAAUUUUUGGCGUGGCUGUUUAUACAGGCAUGGAGUCCAAGAUGGCACUCAACUAUAAAUGCAAGUCCCAGAAACGCUCUGCUGUAGAGAAGUCCAUGAAUACCUUCCUAAUCAUCUACCUGAUAAUCCUGCUGUCCGAGGCGAUUCUCAGCACCAUCCUAAAGUAUGCCUGGCAGGCUGAGGACAAAUGGGACGAACCUUUCUACAACCAAAAGACAGAAGCAGAGAGAAACAGCAGUCCGAUCUUGAAGUUCAUCUCAGACUUUUUGGCUUUUCUGGUCCUCUAUAACUUCAUCAUCCCCAUCUCACUCUACGUUACGGUGGAGAUGCAAAAGUUCCUGGGCUCCUUUUUUAUUGGCUGGGAUUUGGACCUUUACCAUGAGGAAAGUGACCAGAAAGCUCAGGUCAAUACCUCUGACCUCAAUGAGGAGUUGGGACAGGUGGAAUAUGUGUUUACUGAUAAGACGGGUACACUAACAGAGAACGAAAUGCAGUUCCGUGAGUGUUCAAUUAAUGGAACCAAGUACCGGGAAGUUAAUGGCAAACUGGUACCUGAGGGAAUGACAGACGAGUCACCAGAUGGUUCUACACCUCCCCUGACGGGUGAAGAACUGUUAUUUCUCAAGGCAGUGUCACUAUGUCACACAGUUCAGAUCAGUUAUGACCAGUCAGACUGCCUGGUUGGGGGAGGAGACCCAUUCUCCCAUGUGAAUGGGUUCUCUUCCAAUCACAUGGAGUACUACGCCUCUUCACCAGAUGAGAAAGCUUUAGUAGAGGCAACAAAAAGGAUUGGAGUGGCCUUCACUGGCAGCAAUGGAGAUACGAUGGAAAUCAAAACAUUUGGCAAGUCUGAAAAGUAUAAACUCCUCCAUGUAUUAGAGUUUGAUCCUAACCGCAGGAGGAUGAGUGUCAUACUACAAACUCCCUCAGGAGGUAAAGUGCUGUUCACCAAGGGUGCAGAGUCUGCCAUUUUGCCUUUCACGACUAGUGGUGAGAUUGAAAAGACGAGACUGCACGUUGAUGAAUUUGCCUUGAAAGGUUUGCGGACCCUGGUGGUAGCAUGCCGCCAUUUCAGUCCGGAGGAGUACAUCAAUGUGGACAGGCAACUAAACAGUGCCCGCACCGCGCUGCAGCAGAGGGAGGAGAGACUGCAGGAAGCCUUCAACUACAUUGAGAGAGACUUGCAGCUCCUGGGAGCAACCGGAGUAGAGGACAAACUUCAAGACAAGGUCCAGGAAACCAUUGAGGCUUUGCGGCUAGCAGGAAUCAAAGUAUGGGUGUUGACGGGGGACAAACAUGAGACGGCAGUCAGUGUAAGCCUGUCAUGUGGCCACUUCCACAGAACCAUGAACAUCUUGGAGCUCCUACAACAGCACUCUGAUAAUGAGUGUGCUGAGCAGCUCCGCAGACUGGCUAGAAGGUUAAAGGAAGAUCACGUCAUACAGCAUGGGCUGGUUGUAGAUGGAGCCAGUCUGUCUUUAGCAUUGAGGGAACAUGAGAAGCUCUUUAUGGAAGUGUGUAAAAACUGUUCAGCUGUGCUGUGUUGUCGCAUGGCCCCACUGCAGAAAGCUAAGGUGGUGCGUCUUUUAAAGACAUCUCCAGAAAAACCCAUCACCUUAGCCAUUGGGGAUGGAGCCAAUGAUGUCAGUAUGAUACAGGAAGCCCAUGUGGGCAUAGGUAUCAUGGGGAAGGAGGGUCGUCAGGCUGUGAGAAAUAGCGACUAUGCAAUUGCCAGGUUCAAGUUCCUGGCCAAACUCCUGCUGGUCCAUGGGCACUUCUACUACAUUCGAAUAGCUACGCUUGUACAGUACUUUUUCUACAAGAAUGUGUGUUUUAUCACGCCCCAGUUUUUAUACCAGUUCUUCUGUUUGUUUUCACAACAAACUCUGUACGACAGUGUUUAUCUGACACUGUACAACAUCUGCUUCACCUCGCUGCCCAUCCUUGUGUACAGUCUGUUUGAACAGCUGGUCCAUCCGCAUGUAUUGCAGAACAAACCUGGGUUGUACAGGGAUAUUAGCAAGAACUCUCUGCUGUCUUUCCGGACCUUUUUGUACUGGACUGUGUUGGGUUUCUGUCACGCCUUUGUUUUCUUCUUUGGAUCCUACAUUCUGAUGGGAGAGGACACCACGCUUAUGGGCAAUGGACAGAUGUUUGGGAACUGGACUUUUGGAACCCUAGUCUUUACUGUCAUGGUCAUCACUGUCACAUUAAAGCUCGCGUUAGAGACUCAUUUUUGGACGUGGAUGAACCAUUUUGUGACAUGGGGCUCAAUUGCCUUCUAUUUCAUCUUCUCGCUCUUCUAUGGAGGCAUCAUCUGGCCAUUCCUGCACACCCAGGACAUGUACUUCGUCUUUGUGCAGCUGCUGUCCAGCGGUUCGGCAUGGUUUGCCAUUAUCAUCAUCAUCAUAACUUGCCUCUUUCCGGAUGUGGUGAAGAAGGUCUUUUACAGACACCUGCAGCCUACCAGCACACAGAAGAGUCAGUCUCUAUCAGCCUCCCAGGCGCAGAACCUCAGCUGCGUGGAAUCCCUGUGCUGCUACCAACAUGGGCAGAGCGGCUGUUCCCGCCUGGCCCGCCUCCUGGAGCAAAUGACUGGACACUGCAAGGCCAGCGCCAACAAUUGCCACCCAUCCAGCCGCAGCAACAGGUCUUGGAGCGACACAGAGAACUUGUACUCCAACGAUCGCAGCAUCCUGACGCUGUCGCCCAUCGAGGCCACCCACUGCUGACUCCCAGAGCCACUGACUGUAGCACAGGGAGCUGGGGGAGAGCCACCACUCCAUUAUGAGUCAUAAUCACACCCCCGCAACCUCAGCCACCAUUAUAGAAACAACUUCAUUUUAAACUCAAUUAAUUCUCAGCAGGAUGCACCGCAGCUACAAAUGGGAUAAGGAUCCAAAGAACUCAUUUGAGUCGCUGCUGAGAGGAACAUCAGAUGGGAGCGGAAACACUGAAGGAAAUGGAAUGUGGUGUGAGCCAUCCAUGGAGCUACAUUUAUGUUGGAAGAUCCAGUUUGUGUCUGAGCUGUAAACUAGAAAACCUCCUCCAUAAAUUCACUGUUUUUAGGAACAUGAACAAUGAAAAACAGACCUCGAAGUUUGAGCAGAAGCAAAAUGGAGAUUCCUGACUGACUACACUUUUUGUUGCAAGUCUUAGUUAAUGCCAGGCAUCGUUCAAAGCAUUGCAGCGAAUGUUUGGCAAGUCAACAGCAAACCAGGAUCAUCCACGUAGCACCGAGUCUGAAGCUCGCCAAAAUCGGGCUGCAUUAUGAGGUGGCUCUACAUCCCGAUGUUUCCAUGAACUGCUACAAAAACAUCUAAUUCAGACUGAUGGUCCGACCACCCGCAGUCCUGUAGCAUCCAGAAAAUGAAGCUUCAUCUCUACCAUGGUACCAAAGACCAAAGGAUUCCGACUGGAGUUUAAAAGGAAAAGUGUUUAUUUUUUUGUGCCUGACUGUACAGAAGCUUAUAUUGUUAAAGGAGACUUGCUGUUGUCCGUGCUGCUUUGUCGUCUGUUCAGGCCUCUGUGUCGCCCGGUGCAUCGCUCUAAAAGAGGCCCGAUGUUUUAAAAAGCCAUACAUUUUGAGAUAACUGGAGGUACUGCAAACCGACGCUGUUUGAGCUGCUUGCUAAAUUUGUUCCCCUUGAAUGCCUUUUCUCGACCAGCCAGAUGACCAAAAGCAUCUCAGCAUUAAAGCCUACAAUGGUCUGGCAGUAUUUUAAGGCAAAUGGAUGUAGACUCAUCCAUAUCAGUUGCCUGAAAAUAAGUCCAAUUUGAUGCUCUUUCAGUGAGGCUGUGAUGAUGAGAUGCUUUUCCACAUCAUGGCUGAUGCACGUCGAACCAGACAGCAGAAUGUGUCUAAGUUCAGAUAUAGUUCACUUUUGAGGACAGAAGAAAGGAAAAGCAGAGCAUUUGCACAAAUCGCAUAUCAAAAAUUUAUUUUGUUGGUUUUAUGUUUUUGGGAAAAGUCAUUGUCACCCUUCAUCUCUGAAAUCAUUCGAAUCACAUUUUUUUUGCUGUUACAUUGGGGUUUUUUUUUUUGCUUCCACCUGCUGUUGGAAGUGUGUGUGUGUGUGUGUGUGUGUGUGUUUGUUUUUCUCUGUGGGUUGAAGGAGGUACAGUACGUCAUAUAGCUGUUGUACACACUUGAACAGUCUCAGCAGCCACUUGCUGGCUGCAGGUCAGAUCUGUUUGAUGUUCGGUUCACCCAAAAAGGAAAACAAAAAGCUGCAAUGAGGAGAAUGUUUCGAGUUUUUGUUUUUUCAGGAAAAUCAAGUCCGGGUGGUCUCUGACAGAGAUGUGCUAUUUGGGUACGGCACGCUUUGUUUCUUUCUGUUCACACAGAUGCGACUGACAGUGGGAGUGUCUGUCUGUUGUUAUCGCCGCACUUUUACUCUGUUAAACGUUUCUAACAUAUCAGUGUCUGUGCAAGCCGGAUGUUGGUGUGAUAUCAGAUACUUAAAAGGGCCAAAAGGAUGUUUCAGUUAGAUUGCCAUCACACUGCGCACUCCUCCAUAUUUACACAGGAAAUGACCUCAUAUCUGCUAAUAAAAUAUCUACCUUGAUGCACCCCUGAGUUCUACAUGGAUAAAGGAAACUAUAACUUCUUGCAGUUUUAUAUUAGUAUUCAUUAGACUAUGAAGUUUAUCUGUCAGAGGUCUGUCAACACAGUUGUAGUAUUCCAUUGCGUGUGUUGUGUUAAUCUUGAUUUUGAUAUAACAGAAAACUUGUCAUGAUCUCUGAGCGUGGAGCUAGAAAGAUGAUUGUAACAGGGAGGACAAGAUGCAAGUACGUUGCAUUAUGGGAAAUGUAGGAGCCACUUGAAGUCAGGAUAUCCCUGCCUCUGUGGUGUUUAACUGUGACUCAUCUGUGGCUAGUUUUUAGACUCAAAUUUAUGUGGCUGUUGAAUCCAGCACUACCCCUUUAACACCUUUUUAAAAAGAAACUGAAAGAUCCUGAACCUGAUUUUUAAAGAGGCUGCAGCCCAGCACAGUGCAGCUCAGCGGCAUCUUUUCUUGGACCCUCCACAUCUUUCCAGCUCCACAGCACUUCCUUUAUGACAUGUGUUCAGUUCAAGCUGAAGGCUCACAUUCCCCCUCCCCCAAAUCUCAUGUCAAUACAAUACCUCAGUGGGGGGAUCUCAGUCAGUGUGUAUCAGAACUUGCAAAAUCUUUCAGUGCACAUACUGGCACAUGACUGUUUUAAGACAGACAUGAACAGAGUGUGAACCUGCUGCCGCCUCUAAUGUCGGGAAAACCAUUGAAGCUGCUUUGCAUACAGCGAGCUGAGCCGGCCAUGUGGUUCAUUUUGUUCAAGUUGCACCUGCACAUUCCUGUGAAGCAAUAAUAGUCAUUGUCACGAUGUGACUCUGCUAAAAGGUCAGGUGAUGUCAUCAUUGACAUCGUGUUUUCCUCUGACACCACAUCGACCCAGAUAACAGAGCGACCACUGAGCUCGGUGUUUGUUAGCGUUUUGGGGGCACCGGCACUGCUGAGUUUGUGAGAUAUUUCAGAGCAGAUGGCAGACGAAGAAAGAGGAGUCCUUCCUGACCAAAGGCAAGUGAUACAGGGCCCAAAACACCUGCAGUGUUAGUGCAGUUCUGAUGCCCCCUUGUGUUCAAUGUGGAGACCAAUCGUAUCCCAAAAAGACAAAAUAAUACAAACACCCUGUCACAUGUUAUAGGUAGCAGUUACCUGAUGCAAAAAUAGCCUCUUUUCAAACUAAGAAAGGUAAUUACAUAACUGGCUCCAUUUGACUAAAACAAAAAAUAUAUAUAUAAUGGCUAGAAAGUUACACUCCAUACUCAAACAACCAUCACCCAGGAAAAUCACUUUUCAGCUAAUGUAAUUCACUCUGACGUGUGGGACCAAAGUGAUCUUUAUCACAGCUGUUCUCCCCCCCCCCCCCCCCCCCCCCC